GCCACGCGAGCGCACCAGCGAACCACGGCUCAAACGCGACCACUAUCGUAAUGUUUGUCAAAUAACAGCCGACGGACGGAGUGUCACUAAUUACGUACUAUUUGCGAAGUGAUUUGUGCUUAAAAAAAUAACAACUAUUGAAGUGACUAAGUAAGGAGAACAAACGAUUUGAACGUGAUAUAUAAUUAGAGGAAAUAAAUGAAAAUGACAGUUGAGAAUGUAUCGCGCCGUCGGUGAACGGCGUAGUGUUGUGCGUCGUUGGUAGCCAAGAUAUCGAGCGGGGGCCGAGGCGGCGGCGUCGGCGGCAUGGUGCUGGAGGGCGGGCUGCCGGCGCCGCUGCAGCUGUACGCGGCGGCCGCGGCGCAGCUGGCCCCGCGGCCGGCGUGGCCGCCGUUUCUACCGUUCUUUGGAGUCCCUCCGCCGUUCCUGGCGAGGCCCAGGCUGCCGCACCCGAUGCCUGCGAGAGCGCCGCACGGACCUCCUAGCGAAGACUCGAACGAAGACGGCGGCAGCAGUAAAGGUGGUGUUGGCGACGACGAUGGUGACAGCGGCAAACGGCGACGGUCACGGACCAACUUCAACUCCUGGCAGCUGGAGGAACUGGAGCGGGCGUUCCUCGCUUCGCAUUACCCCGACGUGUUCAUGAGAGAAGCUCUCGCUAUGAGGCUGGACCUCAAAGAGAGUAGAGUUGCCGUAUGGUUUCAAAACCGACGGGCGAAAUGGCGUAAAAAGGAGCACACGAAGAAAGGUCCAGGGCGACCUGCUCACAACGCGCACCCUCAGUCUUGCUCCGGAGAACCCAUCCCACCACACGAGCUGCGAGCUCGCGAGAGGGCGAGAAGAAGAAAGAAGCUGGCAAAAGCGUUAGAUCGUCAGGCAAGAAAACUUCGAGCUAAGGGCAUCACAGUCGAUCUUGAAGCUCUAAAGGCCGAAUAUUUGGCUCAGCAUAGAAACAGCGGGCUUUAUUCUGACUCUGAUGGAGAAAUAGAAGGAGAAGAAUGCAUGAUCGAUGUGGUAGGAGGCGAUUCUUGUCACGACUCGGGGCCAGAAGACUUUUCUCUAUCAGGAAGAUUGCGGGCGCCGUCGGGAGCAGAUGGCAUCAAUAAUUCUGAUAGUUCAACUUCAGAUGCCCAUUCAGGAAGGAAUUUUAGCCCAAUUCCCGAUCCUCAAUCUUCUUUCUUCAAGCAGUUUACUAACGCUGGUGGAAAUUUUGAGAAAUUCGACUUCGACCCAAGCAGAGCCGUCUCUUUAGAUCUCAGCGGUGGUGGUACUGCCACCGAACAGGACUUAUCCAAAAACGGGGGAACAAGAAAACAUAAUCCGUUCAGUAUAGAAUCUUUAUUAAACACGUGAAAGUGACUAUUUAAACAAACAUUUGAAUAAUGAGGCUCUCGAGACACAAUUGACUUUACAGUGACUCGAAAUGAAAGCAUUUUGUGGAAUGUUCCUUUGCUUUAAUGUUUAACGAAUCGUUAAUUAUCAUUAGUUUUAAUCAGCUUCAGUAAUAAAGACUUGAUAGUACCAGUUAACAUAUCCAGUGUGAAUAUUAGCAGUAGGAAGUUUGUAUUAUAUAGAAGGUAGUGUAAAUAGUCUUUAGGUACCUUAUUUAUUUUCCUCUAUAACGUUAAUAUAUUAUAUUUCUUUAUACAAAACAUUGGGGCAAUAAUAUAUAACGUAAUUGUUGAUCGUAAGGUAUAUUAUUUUAUUUGCAAGUUUUAUAUUUUAUUGUUGAUUUGUAACUAUCCAAAUGGUAUGUAUUAUCAAAAAUAAGUGAGCAUAUAGGUAUGAUACUGUACAAAUUAUUAAUUAUAUACGUAUUUAUUUAGACUGUUGGUGAUGUUUGAUAUGUUAAUAGUGAGGUAAAAAUCAUUUAAUGUCAGGCAUUUUCAUGGUGGGUUGAUAUUACACAAUUUAUUCGCUAUUAAUAAUACUGUUGUAGAUGUUACAUCAGAUGAAUACAUGUUGUGUUCUUUUAUCAAUAUUAACAUAUAAAUACUGGGAUAAAUAAUAAUACACCUGCUCGCUUUACUGCUAUAUUUGCCAUGUACAAUCAGUCUGUCCUUUAUCUACCCGUCAACUAUAUCUAUAUUUAUAAAUACACUACAUCUCUACAUUAUAUAUACAAUGUAUGUAUUUACGACGAAAUGUAUAUAUCUAUGUAUUUGUAUCACUUAUCUAGUACCCAUAACAAGCUUUAGCUAGCUUAACUUGAGUCUAGAUGGCGCUGUGUGAAUUGUCCUUAGAUUAUUGUUAUUGUCUUAUUCACUGAAAUUAGGACACUACACGUUCCCAGUUGCCACUAAAACUAGACAUUGGGUCAUUCCGUUAUUUAGGUGUGUUUAAAACGGUAAUAACAAUUAACUCAAGUGCACUACAGAGUAAAUUUUAAUGCUCUAACAUGGCGGUACACCAAAUCCCAGAGUCCCAACUCUAAUUUACAAUGCAAUCGCUAUAUAAUUAAAUAAGAGACACUGGAAGUGAUGCCCUUGUCCACUGUUGUAUGAUAAACUAAAGGAUUUGCAUCAAAUUUCGUUUAAUUACAAAGAUGAUGUUUUUUAUUUUAAAUUAAUACAUCUAGUGGUCGCCCAAUAGUCAAAACUCGACCAUAAUUUAUUUAAAUAACUAGCUACUCGCCCCGGCUUCGCACGGAUAUACAUGUAUUAUAUAUAUAAAACUCCCUCUUGAAUCACUCUAUUUUAAAAAAAUCGCUUCAAAAUCCAUUGCGUAAU